AUGGCGGUCAAGGAACAACUUUUGGAAAAGUUUGAAAAGCAUUACGAGGAACUCACGGCAGAUAUCUCAGAACAAGGAGAAAAAUGGCACCAAGAGAUCGACAACAUUGUCAACAAAAUGAAAUCUGAGAUCAAAGAUAUGAAAAACAAACACUUGUCUCUCUUAGAUAAACAAGAAGAAGAAAUUUCACAGAAUAUUUCUGUUAUAAAGCAGUACAUUGUUGUUCUCAAGAAAAUGGUGGCUUACAAUGACAUUCACUUUGAUAAUGUUUUUGCAUACAAAUCAAAAAAUGCUGAAUUCCCAUUAUUCAUCACAACAAUUGAAAAUAACUGUACGUCAAAUGAAUCAAAACCCCAAUCAACACCAAGGAAACCACUGCUUGAUGAACCAAAAAUCAUCAACACGAUAGCCACUCCUUUUGACAAACAAUAUAAUGUUGCUUGCCUCAGUGAUGAAGACAUCUGGACGUGUGGGUAUGACAACAAAAUAAAACUCUACAACCUGAAAGGCAAACUUAUUACAGAAAACAGAAACUUGGAUAUUUGUGUGUGUGAUAGUUUAGCUAAAGCGGUAGUUGUUGUUAACGAGGCCGGGAAACUCCGAUUCAGAUACACAUUUCAUCCCUUAAUUGCUAAAAAGUCUUUUAAUCCGUGCGGAAUCACCACAGACAGCCAGAGUCAGAUCCUGACAUCAGAUUUUAACAACAAUUGUAUCCACAUUCUGGAUCAGGAUGGACAGUUCCUGCGAUACAUUGAUAACUGCGAUCUACAAGAUCCGUGGGGUUUAUGUAUGGAUUCAAAAGAUAAUCUUUUUGUUGCAGAGUAUGGUGGAAGAGUAAAAAAAAUCAAAUAUAUGUAA